AAAAUUCUGAUUUAUUUACAAAUUUACAUGGCCACAGAUACAUAGAGUUGAUCAUCAACAAUUUUACCAAAAUGUAUACAUUUUCUUUAAUUUUUUUCAAAGUAGAACAUUUUAGAGGCUUUUACAUAAAUGAUGUAGCAUUUUUAUUUUGUUAUUGAAUUUGCAAAAAUAUCAUUUUUGACAACAACCGUUAAAUUGAUGUUCCUUCACUUUUAGCCUCAACAUUAUCUUCUUCUCUUCUACUGUUCUACAUUCUUGAUUUGCUCUUUCUCUUCUGCUCACUCAAACGCAAAGACAAUGGCACUCUCAAAGCCACCAACGCAUUUAACUCCUUUCCACAAUCCAAACCCUCCACUUGAAACAGAGGAUUCUAUCUUUACAAUCUCAAUUGAUUCAUCAAGAAGAGUACGAAGAGACGUUCUUCUCUCAAUCUCAGGAACACUAAUCCCUCAAUUGUUCUUUCUUGAUCGCAAACGUUCUUCCUCUGCAAACGCCGCUGAUAUUUUCAACUUUAUCGCGCCACAACCCGAGCCCGAACGCACGGUCGAGAUUGCUCAGCAAGGAUUAAGGAAAAACGCAGAAAAUAUAAAGGAAAUAAAAGAGAUAAUGAUAAAAAGUAAGAGGUGGAAAGAAGGAGGGAAAGAGAUAAGAAGAAGUGCAUCAAAUAUGAAGCAAGAUUUGUAUCUAAUCAUCCAAGCAAAGCCUCCAAAAGAUAGACCUCUUAUUAGGACUCUGUAUUCAACACUCUUCAAUGCAAUCACAAAGAUGGAUUAUGCAGCAAGAGAUGGAGAUGCAACUAAAGUAUUGGAGUACUAUAAGAGUUUUGCUGCAAUACUCGAUGAUAUUUUUUCUCGAAUUUAAGUCCAACCAAUAUCUUAAUUUAGGCAAUAUAGGCUUACGAAUGUUGUCAAUUUAUCUCUCCUUUUUAUCUAAUUUCAAUAAUAGGAAAAUACAAGUGACAAGAGAAAAAGUUGGCACAAUUUUUCUGAACAAAACAUUUUAAGGAUUUACAUAUAUUAAUUAGGAA